AUGAUGGACAACAGAAGCUACUCCAAUCUGCCAGACAAACUGCCUGUCUUCACUGAUUCCACCCACUUGCCACUGACCAGGUCCAUCUAUCUGGACCCCAUGAUCAUGUUCCACCUGUACCCUGAGGGCCCGGUGCCAUCUCCUUACUCUGAAGACCUGCCAUUGCUGCCUUUUUCCAGUGACUCUCUGAUCAUGGAAGAUUAUGGGGAACCCUGCGCCUUCUCCUUCCCAAUGCCUUAUCCAAAUUACAGAAGGUGUGAAUACUCCUACAGGCCAGCCUUUAUCCAGAAAAGGAAUGAGCGGGAAAGGCAGCGGGUGAAAUGUGUCAAUGAAGGCUAUGCCCAGCUCCGACAUCAUCUGCCAGAGGAGUACUUGGAGAAACGACUCAGCAAAGUGGAAACCCUCAGAGCCGCGAUCAAGUACAUUAAUUACCUGCAGUCCCUUCUGUACCCUGAUGAGGCUGAGGCCAAGAAUAACCCCAGGAAAGUUUCCUCCAUAAUGGCAACCACCAGCCGCCACACUGACCCCAUUUUUAGAAUCAUUUGA